CGGAGACCUGGUAGCGCCCGCGAGAGGGACUCGUUCUCUGCUUUGUGCAGCUGGGCUGGUGGCGGAGCGGGGCGCGCAGCAAGUUCGUGAAAUCAUGAAUCCUGUCUAUAGCCCUGGUUCUUCUGGGGUUCCCUAUGCAAAUGCCAAAGGAAUUGGUUAUCCAGCUGGUUUCCCCAUGGGCUACGCCGCAGCUGCUCCUGCCUACUCCCCCAGCAUGUACCCUGGAGCAAAUCCUACCUUCCAAACAGGUUAUACUCCUGGCACUCCUUACAAAGUGUCCUGUUCCCCCACCAGUGGGGCCGUGCCACCAUACUCCUCCUCUCCCAACCCCUACCAGACUGCCGUCUACCCCGUGCGAAGUGCCUAUCCCCAGCAGAGUCCGUAUGCACAGCAAGGCACGUACUACACACAGCCUCUGUAUGCAGCACCCCCUCACGUCAUCCACCAUACCACAGUGGUGCAGCCCAACGGCAUGCCGGCAACGGUGUAUCCUGCUCCCAUCCCUCCGCCUAGAGGCAAUGGGGUCACCAUGGGCAUGGUGGCUGGGACCACUAUGGCCAUGUCAGCAGGUACCCUGCUGACUGCUCACUCCCCAACUCCUGUUGCCCCCCAUCCAGUCACUGUGCCCACGUAUCGGGCCCCAGGAACACCCACUUACAGCUACGUGCCCCCUCAGUGGUGAUCACCCUGCAAACGUUUGAGGAUGGAGCUGUGCAGUCACAUCACGGAGGUUACACAGCUGGUGCUGCAGGCCUCGUGCCUCCAACCAGGACUUUCUUCUUAAUGCUCUCAACACUUAGCUAAACACACUACGCCCGGCCCAGCAGGUCCCAGCGCCAUUAGUCUCCAACUGACUCUGUGGGUUGGUCUUAAAGUAAAUCCUGUUUUGUGGGCUGCCUGGCAAUUUUUUAGCUAACUAUAAUGAUUAAAAAGGGAGUAUUACUCUAUUCUGAAUCAUAUCUAGUUGAAUGCAUGUUUAAAAAAACAAACACAAAAACAAAGCUUGCUCAAUCUACCUGCAGUGACUGAUGCAAAACCAUCAUAUGCAAAACCCAAAGGAAUGGAAACGUAUUUUACAACUUGUAUCACUAAUGCACUGUUGCAAUGUAUGCAGAGUCUUAAAGUUAUGUGUUAACGUAAAUUUCUUCAUCGAGCAUUUGAAAUCUCUUAGAUGAUCCUUCAACCCUUUGGGGUUGAUUUGGGUUGCCAGUUGGAGACAUGGACUUUUUGUUUUCUGCCAUCUGUUUCUUCUGCACUGACAGUACGAGAGGGGGUUCCAGGGACCGGAGUGGAGGUAGGCUGCAGCUGCCGGGGUGCCCUAGGGCAUCCCUUCCUUCCACUUGCUGGGCCGGUGUAAUGUGGACAUACUGAAAGUUGAUCAUGAGAGAUUAGAGUUGUGUGGCCAGUACAUUUGGGGGCAAGAGGUGGUUUAUGUAUCAGCAAAGCAAUUUUCUCUGUUACCUAAAUUUUUGUUACAAGUCUCUUAGAGGUAGAGAUGUUGUUUUCUAUAUAUUGGAGAAGUCCUCUGUAGAGCUAUAUUAUUUUCCUGGGAUGGAAGGAAGAUACAUGAAAGAGAAACAACCAAACUUAGAGAAGAUGUUGAUCUCUCUUUUAUUUAGCUUAAAUAGUCAUUCCUUUUCUUUUUUCCUGAGAAGUGUUUGAAUCAGCUGAAAACAUUUCUGGUCUUCCCUCAAAGAAGGGCCAGUUUCAGUUGUGUGUUAUGAAGAAAGUUGUAUAUUUAAGGACUAUUAAAAGGGAACAAAACUUUAUUUGAAAUUAAUCAUUUCUUGCAGAGAGGCAGUGCAGGUGACUGUUUGGCCCUGUCCAUGGGAUAGGUUUGUCCUGUGAGCCUGUCUGAAGGUCUUGGAAACAGUGUGGGGAGCUGAGGGAAGGGCUGGUGCCUGUUGUCCGUGAACCUUUUCUGCCGUCUCUGGCAGCUGAGGGUACUCAGUACAAAGCAAGUAUGGAUGGCAAGGAGCUGGGCAGUAGAGAAUGCAUUUGCCACAGUUUAUUAUGGAAAGGAUUUUGUGUUUAAAAUCUGAAUUAUGUACAUAAGAAUUAAGAGGAAUUUUUUGCUUAAAUGUGCCCAACUUGUAUCAAUGGAAUUGUGUAUCUGUUCUCAGAGUCAGAGGGGGUGGGGAGGUGAGGGUUUUCCUUCUCUUUCAGUGUCUGUCAGGCAGGGUGAGUGUGCCCCUGUUCUCCCCAUCUUGUUUUCCAGUGUGGGCUUUGGUUGGGGGGUGGGGUGGGCUCUGCUCUUCUGUCUCUGGCAGCUAGCUCAGGACUCUGGCGCUGAUUUGGCAUUCUGCCCCGAUUAGUGAGUGGGGCACCUGACCCCUGAGCCUUUGGUAAUCGUAUUUUUUAUAGUAAGUAGUCUUCAUGAUUUUCAUUCUCAUGUUUCUUUUACAAGAAAUUUAGGAAUAUUUUUUGCAUGAAUCAUUGUAAACAGAAGAUUUCCUUAUUCCUAAUGUCCAUUAGCAUAGUGUGUUUACUGGUAAGUAAAUUGCUUCAUGAGCACUUAAUCCAUGUGUGCACACGCGCACAAGUGUGUGUGUGAAUGAGUGUGAACAUGUGUGAGCAGCCAUUUGUCCCAGGCACACAGUUUGCGUCCACUUCUUCAGCUCUGUGUUGCUAUUAACAUCUGUAUGGUGGAUCAUCUGUAAUAGGACUAGGUUCUAAGGAUCCCAGGGCUGAACCACAGAGAAGUUAGUUUCCCAUUUUAGUGAUUCUAGAUUAGGAGAAAAUACAGGUUUAGUGUGUGCUUAAAAAUAAAUGCCCCCAAUCAACAAAGUGGGAAGAAAGAGACACGUGUGCACACGUGUGAGACUAGGUGUGAAGGGUGGGUCGUAGGAAUUCAGGAAGUUCUGAGAAGUUAUGUGGGAUGUUUUUCAGGCCAGCACACACUGGGCGAGUGUUUCCAUGAGCACUGAGUUUAAAGGAUGUUUUCAGGAGAAAGAAGAAUGGGUUGUAUCCGUCUCCCCUCUACAUCAGCUUCAUAAACACUUUUUCCCCUAUAAUUUUUUUAAUCUUUUUUACCUUUUGUGAAUAUGAGUUGGGAGACUUUAUCAGAUACUUUCACAUUAUAGGUGUGGGUAUCUUUGCAGUUUUGAAACUUUGGGCAUAAGCUAUCAAAUAUGAAAGGUAGGUCUUGUCUAGCAGUAAGGAUCUGGACAUAAUAUUAACAAAACAAUCAUAGGUUAUAAUUUAAGCAAUAUUUAGUUCCACUGAAAUUAAGGAGUAAAACUUCUGUUAGAGUUGCAUUAUUUAAUAUCCCACGCACAAUAGUGGAGCAAUCAGAGAAGUUUUUUUCCUGUGUGUCAUUUCUAGUUUCAGUCGUUUUCAGCUGAAUUACGGUUCUUUCAGAAGUUGAGACAGGCAAGCAAGGACCUAAUUCUUGUAAACAUGGACAUCAUGGAAUCAAAAAAAUGAGUGCUGCAACCUCUCGUUUAGUUUGGAGGUCUGGUUUUCUCUCUGGGAUUCUUGCUUGGGUCCAGCAGUGACUGAGGUCAUCAAGGAGCAUUGUCCUCGGCAUGAGCUUGCAGCCUCAGCAGUGAGGUCAGCAUCGGGGCCGUUUGUGUUAACAGGCACAGGGCACUUCAGACAUUUCUGUCUCCUCUGUUAACUGUUUUCAGAGCAUGUUGUUGGUAGAGUUUUAGGCCUUCCAUUUGCUUUUCUCUGACUGUUCCUUGAGUGCUAUGAAAAGGUCAUAUUUACAGGAGUGACAGUUCCUGGGUUGGGCUCCUGGUUGGAGAGCGCCCUGCCCUUUUCCAGCUGGGCAGGUGCUGCUUGUUCCAUCUGGUGGCUCUACUCUUCAGUGAGAGGAAAUCUAUUCUUAAGGCACUUUGGAUGCACUAAUUGUGGACAGCGUUGUUCCCACAUGGUAUCUGUGAGUUCCUGCCAGUGGUGGUGAAAGGAUGGCACGUGCCAGAGAAGUCAAUUUUGGCCUUCUCUACAAAUGAAAGCUAGACUUCACCUCUCCUUUUGAAAACACGUGUUUCCAGCUGGGCCACCUAGUCAGGCUGUUAACGGCUGGACGUCCCAGUCAUUGCCAGCAUGGGUGUUGCUUAGGACAGGACGCCUGGCUGACCUCCCAGAGGGCACAAAUGCAGGUUUAAGGGUGGCCCAAAGUGAGAGGCAACUUCUAGUUCCUCUCUCUGGUGCUUUUUGGGGGAUGGGUAUUCUCUGAAGAGGAGUGUGGUUGGCUGUGGCGGGAGGACUGCUCAGCUUGCUUCUCUUGCACAUCUCAGCUGUUUGUUUGCCCUGAGCUGUUCAUUAGUGAACGUGAGCUUUCUGAAGGCACAGUGGAUUUCUGGCUAGACUGCAGAAGACAUGGAGGAAGUGGUCUUGUCCUUGAGAAGGUUGCAGAAUUGAUCUUACCUGUUUUAGAGAAUUGGGUUCUUUCCUCUGUUCAUUUGAAAACAAAACCUGUGGGAUAACCUUGAGGCCCGAGGACUAAGCCAAGUUACAGGGACACAGGGAGGCAGGUGUCUGCUCAGGAGCCCCUGGCGAACUUGAGAAGGGUUCCCUGUGAUUGAGUGUUGGAGGGCCCUGAAGUCUGCUGGAACCCUUCUCCCGUGGACUUAGCCGCUGGUCUCUGUGGGCCAAGUAGGCCGUAGAUUAGCUGGGUUGGAUUGCAGCUGGCGCCAGGUAGGGUUGCUGUGACAGCCCCAGGAGAAGCCCAAAGCCCACGGGGGCUUUGACUGACUAGGAAAUAAGGUUACUUUAUUUUCUUUUAAUGAUUUUUAAAUAUUGUGUUUUUUUUUUUUUAAGACCUGUCUCUUGGUACUUUUUUUAAGCUUGAGUCAAAAUUGUCUUCCAGUGUUACAGGCACCCCUCACCUUUGCAUUGAACUUACCAUGUCAAUCAAUACAAAAGAAUGGAACAUCCAUCCUGAGCCAGUUCCAUUAUGUGUAAAUUCAUACUAUUUUAAUUUUUUAUGCAAUCUGAUGAAUAGAUCAGCUCAGAUUUAAAAUUCUUAAAAAGCACGUUUAUUGUAACAAGAAUUGUUAUGUAUUAAUACUGCAGUUUUCAAUAAAGAUUGACUUGUGUUGCA